AUGUGGCUGCAGUUGCUUAUACAGUACUGUAUUAUAUUGACAAUGACGGCUUGAAACACUAGUCAAGGAGAUACGUUUCAACUUCCUAUGUAACUAGUCAUUGUAAAUGACAUCCAAAACGUGCAUUUUUGUGUCAUUGUAAGCUUGACAUUGUACAUGACAUUCAAAACAUUUGCAUUUUUGUGAGUCUACAUUUUGUGGCUGUGGAGAGUUUAUUUUAUUUUAUUCAACCUUUAUUUAACUAGGCAAGUCAGUUAAGAACAAAUUCUUAUUUACAAUGACGGCCUAGGAACAGUGGGUUAACUGCCUUGUUCAGGGGCAGAACGACGUAUUUUUACCUUGUCAGCUUGGGGAUUCAAUCUAGCAAUCUUUCGGUUACUGGCCCAACGCACUAACCACUAGGCUACCUGCCACCCGAUAGGAUGGACUCUCUGGGUAUGAGGGGCCCAUCCCUAAACCAGGACUCACUACACAGUGUGCUGAAUGCUGUUUGUUGUGGACUGACAGUGGGCCCCUCUCUAGCAAAUGAUGGCCAGUUGGGGCUCUGGUGUGUAGGACAUGUUCUGCAGAAAGGGAUGCUUCUGGGUGUGGAAGACCAAAGCAACACCUUUGACCUUAGUGAAGAUUACAGAGAUUUUUUGUCGUCGAUUAUCAGACGAUAAUUAAGGGGAAUCUUUGGGAAAGGUGCUAUUGGAUUAGAUUUGCCUGUAAUGCAAGGAGGAAAGAUGAACAGAAUGCUACGGUUCAUGAGGUGGAUGGAAGUCUCUGUCUAAGGGCCUGCAAAGACAUCAACCCAGGGACAGAACUUCUGCUUCGGAGUUUCCUAGCUGAUCCUCUGGAACACGAUGGAAGCCAAGGAGGGUCACUAACAACACCAGGCAAACCUUGCAAACAAGUUACACCUCGCACGUCCAGAGAGGAUGGAUCCCCAGGUGUAAACUCCACAGAGCAAGAGCUCAAGCUUACAGAGUCUAUGGUGGUGGAUGAGGAGAAAAGCCAGACUGGAAUCAAAAGGAGCAAACCUCUUAUCUACAAAAUGAAAAAGAGAUGUGUGAGAGACUCUCAUUCCAGUGGUGAGAAAACAAUGGAACAGAAUAGAGAAGUUGACUCUUGCAAAAUAAUAAAAACAGAAAGUUUCAUUCCAGAAAUAACCGAUGUGCUCUGAGGACAAACUUGUGAGUCCUGCAGACGAGCCUCCAAAGAGUAGUGAAGAACCAGAUAAUGUGGUAAGAAAACCCCAGGAGGUGCAGGGGCCACAGGUUGUCAGGGCCAGUUGCAGACUGUUUGCUAAACCCAGGAAGGUCAUUCAUUAGUCAGCUGCAUCCACAAGCAUCUUCAAGGAUGCAAAAAUGGGUAUCUAGAUCGUCAGGUGACAUUGGAGAUUACGUCCAGAGUUGGUGAUGAAAACGAACAAGCUUGCCAAGAAACAGAUAUAAAAGAUAGAGAAAAUAUAAGCUCAGAUGAAAUCCCAAAGGAUCGUGACAAAGGGGGGAAGCAAGACACAGAGGAGCUUAUGAAAGCUCCAGACCUCUUUAACACCAGGGAAAGGAGGUAUACAUGUGACCAGUGUGACAAGAGUUUCUUUCAGCUAUGUCACCUGAAGAAGCACAAGUUCACCCACUCGGACCUAAAGCCUUACUUAUGCACAGAGUGUGGUAAGAAUUACAGCUCCCAAGAGAACUUCAGGGCCCACCUUCUGAUGCAUAAGGGAGAGAGGCCAUUCAAGUGCCAGCAGUGUGACAAGAGCUAUGGCCUGAAACGGGACCUGAAGGAGCAUGAAGUUCUCCAUACAGGAGAGAGGCCUUUUGUCUGUGAUAUCUGUGGGAAGGCUUUUGCCCGCCGGCCUUCAGUACGUAUUCAAAGGGAGGCCCACCGCGCUAAGGAAGAAAAUUACCAUGCUCCUAAGCUCAAGUGCCCUGUCUGCGGUAAAGAACUGGCCAUUUCAGGCUCCCUUAGGAAUCACAUGCGCUUGCACACAGGAGAACGGCCUUAUGCCUGUCCCCACUGCAAUAAGACAUUCCGACAGCGGGGGAACCUUUUGGGCCAUCUACGCAUCCACACAGGGGAAAAGCCUUACAAGUGCAACCAUUGCAAUCAGUACUUCUCACUGGUGCCUGAACUCCGCAGGUACCUCAUAUCACACACAGGGGAAGUCUACCUCUGCCCUAUAUGUGGCAAAGCCUUGCGGGACCCCCACACCUUGCGGGCCCACAAACUUUUACACACAGGGGAGAGACCUCACAAGUGUGAGCUGUGUGGGAAGCCCUACACCAUGGCCACCAAGCUACACCGCCACAUGAAGUCGCACCUUAAGGAGAAGUCCUACAAAUGUCAGACAUGUGGUGCUGGCUACACGCUAAUGCAGAGCCUGGUUCGCCACCAGUUCUCCCAUCCAAAGAGAGAAGAUAGGACAUCUGGGGAGCUAGCUAACGCUCUAGCAGCUCUGGAGUCUAGCCACUCUGCUCCUGCUAGAGGCAGACCUAGAAAGACCCCUCAAAAGACAGAGGUCAAGCCAUGGGUCGAUGUCCCUGAAGAGAACAUAGAGAGUCAGACAGUAGUGUAUGUUCAGUCCAUCGAAGACUUAGCCAUGCCUAAUUCAGGGGAGGUUAUUGUCGGCACCUGUGACUCAUAUCAUGAUAGUGACAUAUCUUCUGUGGUAAUAGAGGAAGGGUUGGAACAGGAUGUGGGCCAAUUCCAGCUAAAUGAGAAUAUCAUUGAGAUAAUUGUCUCAGACUCUAAUAAUAAGUGCAUUGUGGUAAGGGAGCACAAAACACACAGCAACCUGGUGAUUCUACAGGGAGAGGAUGGACUGAGCUCUGUGGCAGAGACAAUAGAGAUCGAAACGGGAGUUUCAAACUGCAAUUCACACCAUUUUGCUUUCUGUUGCUGUUUUUUUUAAAUCUUCAAAUAAAACCAAGAAUGUGAAUAAAAACUAUUUUUGCAUUCUAGAUGUACUUUACCUAAAAGAAGACAAUAAGCAGUACUUAUUUGGAAAAUACCGUUGUCAUGAAUAUAAAAUGUGUUAUGAUAUCACCAUCAGGAUACUCCAUUUAGAUUACUGGAGAAGGGAGACAUAGCUGUGAACGAGUUAAAGAUAUAAGCAUAUAUUGACUCACAUCUGUGGUAGACCUUAUCUAGCCACUAUCUGCAGCAAAUGUUCUUUUCAAGGACUGUACUAAAAUAACCUGCCCUUGUAUUUUAGGAAAUGUUUUAAUGGUUACAAAGAGAAAUCCUCAUGAAGAGUUUUUCUUUUUUAUCUGACCAAAAUAUAUUUGAUCUCUGGAGAUUGUUUAUGAAGGCUUUUCAAAUAGCUUUACUGUAUUUUAACACACUGUUGUAAAUAUGGACCAUCAACAAUAUUAUCAUUAUUGUUGAAGACUCCAAUUAAAAGAGAGAAAAGAAGUA